AUGCAAUCGAUCAACGUUUGUGGUGUAAUGAAGUGUAAGCGGCUUUCGGUGGUAUGUUGCAUUUUCGCAGCGUGCUCCUUCGUUCGGAGGGUCGCGGCCAUUUGUCCGAUCGUGGCCUCGUGUGAUGAGGGCAACACGCCUUACCGAAGUGCGGACGGAUCGUGCAACAGUCUGUACAACCCGCUGUAUGGAACGCCUUAUCGGCCAUAUAAGCGACUCCUGCCGGCGAAGUACGCCGAUGGAGUGUCCGAACCGUCCCGAAUGUCUUCUGGGAGGUCGAUGCCUAAUGCACGUCAGCUGUCGAUGGCACUGUUUGGUGAAACCGAAGGAGAGGAUAAUCGAAGCACCAUCAUAAACAUGCAGUUCGGGCAGCUGGUGGCACACGACAUGAGUUUCACUGCAGAUGUGUUCGGUGUGAAGUGCUGUCCAAAUGGGAAAAAGAUUCGAGCUCCGGAUCAACUGCCAGAACGCUGCAUGCCACUGGAAGUUCCCACGGAUGAUCCGAUCCUGCCAAUCGGGGGCAUCGAAUGCAUGAGCAUGCUCCGAACCAAAACCACCCUCGAGCAUCCGUGUGUGACGAACUACGGCGUUGCGGAACAGCUGUCUUCGGUGACGGCCUUUCUCGAUCUGUCCAUCGUGUAUGGAAACAGUGCAGAACAGACGGCAAGCCUUCGGGAACACCGCGGGGGUCUCAUGACUGUCGAACAUCGUGGAGGGCAGGAUUGGCCACCUCACAACCCCAACGCGAGUCAUCUCUGUCAGAUGAGACAUGACUCAGACGUCUGCUACCUGACUGGGGAUUUGCGUUCCAAUCAAAGCCCUCAUCUUGCGAUUUUGCAGAUCGUACACCUUCUCGAACACAACCGUCUUGCGGGAGUGCUCUCGGAGUUGAAUCCCUGCUGGGAUGAUGAACGGUUGUUCCAGGAGGCUCGUGCCAUCAACAUCGCGAAAUAUCAGUCGGUGGUGUACAACGACUGGCUGCCUAUUUAUAUGGGACGGGAGAAUAUGCUCGAACACGGGCUGCUACACGAUGAGGUCUCCACAGCUGACGGGAACUAUGUCGGGGACUACAACUCCCUGGAGGACCCGACCGUGAGCAACGCCUUCGGAACAGCGGCGUUUCGGUACUUCCACAACAUGAUCGUGGGUGAGCUGGACUUGAACGUUGAUUCACCGGAACAUCGCGCGAAGAGUGGAUCGAUUCGGCUCUCAGACUGGUUGCGCCGUCCUGGAGUACUGGAGGUCCAGAACAAUCGAGAGCUGCUGACGCGGGGUAUGGUCAGACAACCUCACGAUUCCGCUAACGAACACCUGACGCCGGAGGCUAAACAUUAUCUCUUCCGGAAUGCGAACGCGUACGGUGCUGAUCUGAAAGCGAUCGAUAUCCACAGGGCACGAGACCACGGACUGGCGAGUUACAACGACUACCGGGAGCUGUGUGGUUUCGAGCGUGCGAACAGCUGGGAGGAUCUACAUGGCAUCAUUCCACCGGCCAAAGUAGACGAGCUCGCUCAGUGGUAUGACACCGUUGAGGAUGUCGAGCUAGCCGUGGCUGGGGCCCUUGAAACGCACCACCCAGAAGCAACGGUUGGUCCCACGUUCCUGCACAUCCUGCUCAAGCAGUUCCGGCGGACACGAACCGGCGAUAGGUUUUUCUUCGAGAACGGCAACGUGUUCUCUGGGGCGCAACUGCGUGAGCUGCGGAAGGCUUCGAUAGCGCGGUUGUUGUGCGACAACACCGAGGGACUCGCGAGAAUGCAACGGAACGCGUUCUUCCUGGCUGAUGAGACGAACCCACCGGUACCGUGCUCGGAACUGCCCGCAGUUCAGCUGGAAGCGUGGCGAGAACGCUAG